UUUAGAGGUUGAGGUUAGAAGGACUUGGAUCACGCAAUUCCAUUAUUUUUUUAAUCACAAGGGUCCGCGCCUAAUAUUAUCUUCUACCGGGAUCGCUUCGCCCGUCGGCGCCACCUCUCCGGUUCUUCGCGCCGUGAUUCCCCGCAAGAGGCAAAGCAAAUGGCCAUCAGCCAGCCUCCUUUCAAGAUAAUCUUGGGAUCUUCAUCAGUUGCUCGUAGACAGAUUUUAUUAGAGAUGGGUUAUGAAUUUGAAAUCAGGACUGCAGGUAUAAAUGAAAAAGCUAUUAGAAAAGAGAAGCCAGAAGAGUUGGUAACAGUUUUAGCUAAGGCAAAGGCUGACGCUAUUUUGUCAAGGCUGGAGAUUACAGAUUACAGGGACGCUGAACCAACACUUCUCAUUACUUCUGAUAUUUGCAGUACUGAAAACACAUUCCUUCAACAACUAGAAGAAAAAACAUUAGUGGUGGUUCAUGAAGGGUCAAUUAGAGAAAAGCCAACCACACAAGAAGAAGCGCGCCAAUUUCUCAAAGGCUAUUCUGGUAGUCAUAUAACUACUGUGAACUAUGUUCAUGUUAUUAAUCUCAAGACAGGAAAGACAACUGGUGGCUUGGAUAAAGCUGAGGUUUACUUCUAUCAGAUACCUGAUGAGGUUAUUCAAAACCUGAUCAAGGAAGGAAUUGUAUUCAAUGUUGCUGGAGGCUUGCUGUUAGAACAUCCUCUGAUAUUGCCAUUAGUCGAAGCUGUGAUUGGGGCUUCUGACAGUGUAAUGGGACUUCCAAAGGCUCUUACAGAAAAGCUCAUCCAAGAAGCUCUCACUGAAGAAGAAUUUUAGCCUUGAAAAUCAUUUUUGUUUUAUCAAAGACUUGUUCUUGAUUAAUUUUCCCACAGUAUUUGCUGUAUUUUGCUUGGUUUUUGAACGUCGGUGUGCUUAUUUUCAUUACUUUUAUAUAGCUAUAAUCAGCAAUUAGAUCAAUUUUUUUUAGUUGUUUAA